AUGACUACCCUUUCAGCCGGCGGCGGUUCCUGGACCUUCUACAACUAUGGCCCCCUCACGACAACCUAUACUCCCGCGCCGAGCUGCUCGGCCACGGACAGAAUCUUCCUUGGAACCAUCGACUCGGAUGGCUUACCUUACCUUACGUACAAUGUACAAUGUGAAACGACAUGGUUUUCAGACUGUGUGCCUUCCGCUACUGCCACGCCUUCGGUGACUUCGGAUGGCUGGAGGGCUUCCGUUGGGAACUACUACUCACCGGGUCUAUACUGUCCCUCCGGUUGGGAAACGGUUGGACAAGCCGCGCGCGAUGGUAACAAGCCUUAUACGACAUCAGGAGUGAUGAGCUUCGGUGCGAGUGACCGGGCUCUGUACUUGUCCUACGACUACAUACCCACUCUGUUGGCGAAAAAUUUGCAACCCAGCGAGACUGUUGCGCUCUGUUGCCCAAGCGGCUACACAGCAGAGAUCGCAGGUGGAUGCUUCACCACGGUCCCCUCGUACACCCCCACGCAGGUUUGCGACGUCUACGAGAGCUCUAUCAGCGCCAUCGGCAGCUCCACUUCAAUUUAUACAACCGAUGGUACCAAGACCGAGGAGAUCGUCACGACCUUGACUACCGGUAUGAGCCUUGUGACACACUCUGAGUCUUGGACUCCCGGCGACGGCUUUGCCGAAUACUAUACGCCCAUCCGCUAUAUUACCGGGGUGACACUUAUCCACCGUGAGAAUGACGUUCAGGCCACUGGUUCGAAUACGGCUACGGCUACAGCUACGAGGGAGUCUACGGCUACGGGUACUGCUGCUUCUACCUCAAAUGCUGCCGCGAGAUCAGGGCCGCGGGCGUCAAGCUGGAGUGGAUUUGGUGCCGUUUUUGGCAUUUCUCUUGCUUCGGCUGCACUGGGUGCUGCCAUUAUUUUCCCAUUUUAA